AUGGCGACUCUCAAUGCUCUCAAGAAAGCCCUCAAAAAAGUUGGCGACGAAGCGCCUCGUAAACCAUUAAACGACAAAGAGUAUGACGAUUCGCUUAGCCUUUUUGUCGAGGCCUCUGAACAGCACACAUACCAGAGGAAAUUCAUAAUCCCUCAACUGUCUGAACUGAUAACCUCCAUCUCAACACGAGAUGAGAUCUCAGUCUUGGAGAUUGGCCCAGGCCCGGAAAGUGUUCUGGGGGACCUACCGGCCACUCUAAGGAAGAGGAUCACGAAAUACGUCGCACUAGAGCCCUCUUUUCAAUACACCCAAAGUCUCCGAAGAUGGAUAUCGCCUACAGAGAACGAGAGACCGUUUCCCUCUUCGAAAGAGACCCUCGUUCGCCCAGCCUCCUUCAUCAAAGACAGCUGCCCGGGCGAGAAGUUCGACAUCAUUCUCUUUUGCCACGGCUUAUAUGGACUGAAGCAUAAGGAAGAGAUCAUUAAAAACACUAUCGAGAUGCUACCAGAAGACCCGCAUGACGGUAUGGUCAUUAUCUUCCAUCGCGCUGGCUCUCACAUUCUCGGCAACCUGGUCAGUCACCGUUCGCUGGCCGUACCCGAUCGCACUGUAGCUAUCAAGGAUGAUGAUGAAUCAAUCGACAUUUUCACUCGUUUCAUAGUCGGGUACCGUUUGACGACCGGAGUAUUAUAUCAGACCCGUCAGGCUCAGUGGCGGACGAUCUGCCGUCAACUGGCGCGCCGUGACGACGAUCGCCCAGGUUAUCUGAACUUUAGCUCACCUGAAAUCAUGAUAGCAAUGACUCGACAUGCCAAAAACCUACCUGAUUUGGCUGCUCUUGUGCCACUGGCACAUAGGCCCUACGGAGUCAAGAAUCGACAGGCGCUACGCAACAGGCCUGCUGCUAUCGUCAGACCUUUGAAUAUCAGCCAGGUUCAAUCAUGUGUUCGAUGGGCACUGGCCAACAAAACUAGCUUGGUGAUCCUAGGUGGUGGCCACAGUGAUCAUUGCCUUUGGCCUAACGUUGUCUCCGUUGAUAUGGGUGCCUUCGACAAAGUCCACGUCGUUAAUCCGCCUCAAGAUAUAGACACGGAAUGUUGGGUUGUCGCUGGGGCUGGGUGUAAGACGGAAGAUAUUAUACACGAGACCGUGCCUGUAGGCGUGACAGUACCUUUGGGUUCUCGACCGAGUGUUGGUGCUGGGCUUUGGCUCCAAGGUGGCAUUGGACAUCUGGCCAGACACUUCCUCUGCGUCGGUUACGUUCCUGAACAACAUCGACCGUCGAACGCCGUUCGCCACGACCGUGAUGAGGAACUACUAUGGGCCUUGAAGGGAGCCGGAACGAACUUCGGUAUUGUUAUCAGCGUGACUUUCAAGUCUUACACCGCCCAAAUGUUCUCAGUAUGUAAUUAUGGUUACCCAAGCGGCCAGAACGCUGAAGAGACACUGAAAAAUUUGAGUCGCGAUGUAUCCAGUCGGUAUCCUUACGAUAUCUCCUCAGACUACUAUCUGUGCUGCGAAGGUGGAGAGAUCCGAUGUGGAAUGACCACUUUCUUAUGCUCUUUGGAGGGGGUCUCAUCAGACAACUCCACGGGAUCCCCCCCGAAGACGGUUGAUGCUAUUGAGCUCUUUGACAAGGAGUUUUAUGUAUCCAAAAUGCAUCAAGGGCACGGGGGUGGCAAAACCUCUGCCUUCCGACGAUGUGUAUUUCUGAAGGACAUAGCCAACGCCGAUACGAUGAAACUCUUGAUAUCUGCCACGAGAGAUGUUCCUACGCCCUACUGUUAUCUAAAUCUUGUGCAUGGCGGCAAAGCUGUGAGGCAUGUCGCCCCCGAAGAUGCUGCUUUUGGCUGUAGAGACUGGGACUUUGCGUGCGUCGUCACUGGUGUUUGGCCCAGUGAAUAUGAUGGAAGACGCAUUUCUGAUAUUGUCAUUCGCUGGGUCUAUCGCGUUAUCAAUGAGCUCCUGCCGUUGAGCAAAGGGGUAUAUGGUGCAGAUCUUGGACCUGACCCUCGAGAUAGGAUUCUCGCCACCAAAGCUUUCGGUCCCAAUCGCCGACGACUGGUGAAGCUUAAGCAAGCAUUCGACCCCAAUAGUAUCCUCGCGUACACUUGCCCCCUAACACUCUCCGGCCUGCCACAGAAGCUCGUAAUUCUUGUCACCGGCGAGCACGGUGUUGGGAAGGACUACUGUGCCAAUAUCUGGUCUGCUGUCUUCAAAGUAUAUGGAUACAGUAGCCGGGUAGUCAGUAUCAGCGAGGCAACGAAGAGAAAACACGCAGCAGUAAAAGGUGCUGACCCUGUCCAUCUUAUCAUUGAUCGACGUUACAAAGAACAACACCGGAGGUCUAUCAUUGAUUUUUUCAAGAAGCGAGUGAAUGCAGAUCCUUCUGCGGCAGAGAACCACUUUCGUGAAGUACUGGAAGAAGAUGCUUCAGAUGUGUUGUUCAUCACUGGUGUGAAGGAGAUGGCUCCUGGUGCAACGUUAUCACACAUCGUAAAUGAUGCCAGACUAAUCGACGUCCGGGUCCAGGCAAGCGAGGCCACACGAACCUUGCGAAGUUCGGGAGACGGAAACAAGUUAGAAACAACACAUUGCGAAGCGUACAUGGGUGCAGACGGAAUCUACUCACCAAACUUCACGUUUGACAACGAAGCAAAUGGAGAUGAGGCUGUCAUGUCAUUUGCCAUCAAACGUCUUAUUCCCUUCAUGAGCGAAGAGCUUUAG